AGAAAACCCUCUCCCAUGGCGUCGAGGGGGGGCGGACGAGGCGGGCGAGGCGACGGCGCAGGGCGCCGCCCCGCUGUCCGGGGAGACGGCCGAGGGCGCGGAUCCGGCGGCCGUGGCGAGGCUGGAGGAGGAGGAGGUUACGGUCGCGGCGAUGGCGGAGGCCGCGGCCCUGGUGCUCCAACUGCAGGAGCGGCCGGGUACAAUCAGCAAGCUCCACCCGCGCGCCUCGACGCGGGAGGCCGCGGGCCCGGCGGACCGUCUGGCUUCCGCCCCGUCGCGCUGCGCCCGGCCGCGCCUGCUGUUACCGCGGCGGCCUCGACGGGUUCUUCGCGCGCCCCUCCGUCUUCGGCUACGAUGCUGCCUGCCGACGCUCUCACGAGGGACGUGGGCAGGCUGGCCGUGGAGGCGCCUGCGGGAGCGCCGACUCUUCGCUCCGCUGCUCAGUCCGCGGCGGGAGCGCCGGCUCUUCGCCCCGCUGCUCAGUCCGCGGCGGGAGCGCCGGCUCUUCGCCCCGCUGCUCAGUCCGCGGCGGGAGCGCCGGCUCUUCGCCCCGCUGCUCAGUCCGCGGCAAGGGGUGGAUCUCAACCGGAUUCCCAGGCGCCUCCGCCUGCGCCACCGGCAGCCGCGCCGGUGUCGAGCAAGUCGAUGGCCCCACCGGCUCGUCCGGGUUUCGGCACGGUUGGGCGGAAGAUGAUGGUGCGAGCGAACCACUUCCUCGCCAGCUUCGCGGACAAGGACAUCUGCCACUACGAUGUCACAAUUACUCCUGAGCCCAAGACGAGACGGAUCAACAGGGUUCUGAUGACGGAGCUGACAAGCAAACACCGUGCGUCGUCUCUCGGUGGCCUACUGGUCGCAUAUGAUGGCAGCAAGAGCCUGUACACUGCAGCCGAGCUGCCAUUCCAGGUGAUGGAUUUCUCCAUCAAGCUGGGGAAAGCAGCAAGAGAAACCGAGUACAAGGUCACGAUUCGAUUCGCUGCACGGGCAAACUUGUACCACCUGCAGCAGUUCCUCAGUGGGAGGCAAAGGGAUUCUCCACAGGACACAAUACAAGCGCUAGACGUUGUGCUGAGAGAGUCACCUUCUCUGAACUAUGUCACCGCUUCUCGAUCCUUCUACUCAAAACUAUUUGGCCAACGUGACAUCGGUGAUGGGCUGGAGUGUUGGAGAGGAUAUUACCAAAGCUUGCGCCCCACUCAGAUAGGCCUCUCACUGAAUAUAGACAUAUCGUCGACGUCAUUUUACAAGCCCAUAUCGGUGGUGCAAUUUGUUCAGGAGUGUCUGAAUCUGAGGAUUGUCGACCCCAAUCAGCCCCUUUCUGACAGGGACCGACUGAAGGUUAAGAAAGCAUUGCGCGGGGUUCGUGUUGAAACCACUCACCAAGAGGGCAAAAGGAGCGCCUACAAGAUAACUGGGAUUACUUCUGUCCCGCUGAUUCAGCUCAACUUUCCUCUGGAUGAUGGCAACCAAAUGACUGUUGUGCAAUACUUUAGGGACCGAUACAAGUAUGGAUUGAGGUUCAUUUCUUGGCCUUGUCUGCAGUCCGGAAAUGAUUCUCGCCCUAUAUAUUUGCCAAUGGAGGUAUGCACAAUUAUUGAAGGGCAGAGGUUCGCCAGGAAGCUUAACGAGAAACAAGUGACUGGUAUACUGAGAGCUACGUGCGAACGCCCCAUGGAUAGGGAGAAGAGCAUACUUAAGAUGGUGAAACAAAACAACUAUUCAGCUGAUAAGCUGGCACAGGAGUUUGGAGUUGAAGUUAUGGAUAAAAUGGUCAAUGUGCAGGCUCGCGUGCUACCUCCCCCCAUGCUCAAAUAUCACGAUUCUGGAAAGGACAAAGCUUGUGCACCAAGUGUUGGCCAGUGGAACAUGAUUGGCAAGAAAAUGAUUAAUGGAGGGAAUGUUCAGAGCUGGACUUGCUUGAACUUUUCACGUUUGCCCAUUGAUGGAGUGCGUCGGUUUUGUGGCGACUUAGUAAAAGUGUGCAAUGCCAUCGGCAUGGUUUUCAAUCCUAGGCCAGUGGCAGAAAUUUUCUCAGCGUCUGCUAAUAAUAUAGACGGUGCUUUGAAGGAUGUUCACCAGAGGACCCCUAACCUCCAGUUGCUUAUUGUGAUUCUCCCGGAUGUUACUGGCCAUUACGGGAAAGUUAAGAAGGUGUGUGAGACUGACCUUGGUAUAGUAUCUCAAUGUCUCAAGCCGGACAAGGUCGACAGAGCAAACAAGCAGUAUUUUGAAAAUGUUGCACUUAAAGUCAAUGUUAAGGUCGGAGGGAGAAAUACAGCUCUUCAGCAAGCUCUUGCAUGUCGAAUACCGUUAGUCAGUGAGAAGCCGACAAUCUUUUUUGGUGCUGAUGUAACACAUCCGGCGGCAGGGGAUGUUACCUCACCGUCGAUUGCAGCUGUGGUGGCCUCCAUGGACCUUCCUGAAAUCACAAAUUACAAAGCUGUGGUUUCUGCCCAACCACCCAGGCAGGAGAUUAUUCAAGAUCUCUAUUGCCAAGGUACAGACCCUGAGAAGGGCACCCCUGUACACGGUGGAAUGAUGAGGGAGUUAUUAGUGUCAUUCUAUAAGAAGACUGGUUAUAAACCCAGCAGGAUCAUAUUCUACAGGGACGGUGUGAGCGAAGGGCAGUUCGCCCAAGUUCUGAUGUAUGAAAUGGAUGCCAUCAGGAAGGCUUGUGCAUCUUUGCAGGCGGAUUAUCAGCCCAAAGUGACAUUUGUUGUUGUCCAGAAAAGGCAUCACACAAGGCUCUUCCCUGAGGUGCACGGAAAAGAGACUGACAAAAGUGGAAACAUCCUUCCUGGAACCGUGGUUGACACCAACAUAUGCCAUCCCACCGAGUUUGAUUUCUACCUGUGUAGCCAUGCCGGUAUUCAGGGCACAAGCAGACCAACUCACUACCAUGUCCUCUUCGAUGAAAACGGUUUCACUGCCGAUGGGCUGCAGCAGCUCACCAACAACCUGUGCUACACAUACGCUCGAUGCACUCGCUCUGUCUCUGUUGUUCCUCCUGCCUACUACGCUCACCUGGCUGCGUUCCGCGCACGGUAUUACGAUGAGCCAUCAGAGGGCUCGGACAGCGCCUCGAUCGUCAGCGGUGGCACCCGGGAGUCAGCCGCUACGGGCGCAGGAGCUGCCGGUCCUCCUGCGGCAUUCCGUCCCCUCCCCAGGAUCAGGGAUAACGUCAAGGAAGUGAUGUUCUAUUGCUGAAUUGGCCCAUAGCUGGCAAGUUCAUGGGAGUCAUGUGGUUGGCUUGUUGCUUAAUUGGGUGGUACAUUUGCUGGGAAUUUGUGAUGUGGUUGGAACAUGAAUGUACUUUGGUUUAUGUUGUUGGUAAACAUGGGAGAUGUGAUGCUGUCGUGGUUUUGCAUCUGUUAGAUUUUCUGAGGAGAGAAAGAAGGGUAUCAAGCGGGCUUUCAUUAUGAUGAAAAAAUGGCUUUCACAUAUGGUGCAAAAUUAUGAUUAAAUGUAUCGUCCACAAAAAAGAUAAGUGGCUCAAACUUAUUGUGGAGAAUGCAACUACUUUUGUGCAGAACACACUCUAACCAUACCUUGGCAAUAUGUUUUGUAAAUAUGGAAUAAAUGCACAAUUAUGCAUUUGGUAUUUU